AUUAAGGAUAACCAUUUUCAUUUAUACUCAUUUAGCGAAAAUGAUUAUAACUUCCUCAUAACAGAGUUCAGGAUAAAAGAUGAAAAAUUGAGUAUAUUUAAUCAAUUUACUAUUGAUAUGGAUGAAUUUUUAGAUAAGGAAUAUUAUCUGGGAGGUCAUUUUGUUGAAAUUGAAGUAUUAUCAACUACAUUAGUGGAUGAGCUAUUUCAAGGGAAAUUUUUGUUUUUUGCCAGAAAUGGUGCUCAUUAUGGAAUCAAUUUUAAUUUCACUUGCUAAGAUCUAAGAUGUGAAUUAAAAGAUCAAGAAGUUUUUGCAGUUAUCUAAGGUUAUCAUGACUUUGCUUUGUUUGAGAGCCAUACUGUGAGUAAUAUUCCCACGAUAAGUUUGUAGAAUGAUUUGCUAUUAAUUGUAUAUUGCUAUUGGGCAAACGACGAUAAAAUUUUGGCUGCUUAUCGGCUUCCAAAGAAUAAUUAGAAACACGUUCCUAUUCUAUUCUUUGGAGCACUUGAAUUUUCAAAUGAUUAUCUUAGGAAAGAAAAGUAAUUGAUUUCCUAUCAAUUGAAUAAUAAGGUAAAUAUCAUUCUAAUUUCAUAGGAAUAUGUCUUGCUUAAUAGUUAUGACUUUAGUACACUAACAAGAUAUGAAGUUAAUCCUUCCCCCAAGAUAGUUUAUAACGGAACCAUGAAAUCAGAGGUCUUAAAUAUUUCAGUUGAGAAUCAAGAUAACAGUCAAGUGCUGUCGUUGAAUAUUGAGGUUGAGUCCGAAGACCCAGAAGAGGAUUCUCAUAUAUUGCUUUAUGCCGCAGGAGGUGCAGGAGGGGUGCUUGGUAUUGGAAUCAUAGUAUAUUGUUGUAAGAAGAAGAAAAUAGCUGAUACACUACUCUGA